CACCCGGCCGCCUGUCCCACACGCUGUCCGGUGCACCACAGCAUUACUAUACGUGGACAUGUUUUGGAUAAUCGACAGUCGACGUUAAGGAGAAUGCGCCGGGCAUAUGGUCCCCGCUCUUCCGGGAUUCGCAGGUAACCGGCGGACUGAAGGAUCGCGGCCACGCUGCUUCUCUGGAUAUCAUUAACAUCCUCCUCACCCCCGGCCAUGUGUGUUGCUCAGCCAUGACAUGUUGUGACGCUGCGGGAUGGACGACUUCUCCCGGCUGUAGUUUCGCAGUGACCGAGUUGGGUGGUUGACGGGGAGGAGGACACAGCGGCUCUCUGAUCAACACUGGAGCUCGGUAUGUCCAGCCUGAGUGAGCUGCCCAUGGAGAGCUGGAUGUCUCACCUGCCCUGUGCUCUGUGGGACACCCCCCUGUACCACCUGGCCAUCCCAGGCAGCCACAAUGCAAUAACCUACUGUCUGGAUAUGAAUGACAGAUCCCCAGUUGACCUCACCCAACCAGACUUGCUUCAAAAGCUGGACAAAUACAUGAAGCCGCUUAUUCGACCAUUUGUCUACAAGUGGGCUGUAACCCAGGAGUACACUAUAAAGCAGCAGCUGGACUGUGGGGUCAGAUACUGUGACCUGAGGAUUGCACACAGGCCCAAUGACAGCUCCAGCGAUCUGUAUUUCUACCACGGUGUUUACACCACACUGACUGUGGAGACUGUUCUCCUGGAGAUAAGAGAGUGGCUGGACGCUCAUCCCAAAGAGGUGGUCAUUCUCUCCUUCAGCCACUUCCUGGGCCUGAGCCCGGAGCUCCACAUGCUGCUGCUCACAACCAUACGCAACGUUUUCACCUCCAAACUCUGUCCCAAAACGGAAGCGUUAACUCUUCGAAACCUGUGGGCUGUUGGCUACCAGGUGAUAGUUUCCUAUGAGCACAAUAUUGCCAGUUGUCACAGUGAGCUGUGGCCACAUGUUCCUUACUGGUGGGCCAAUAAAUGCAAAGCUGAGGCUCUUAUUGAGGAGUUUGAGAACAGGAAGCCACAUGGCAGACCAGGAGGUCUCUUUGUCACAGGAAUUAAUCUGACCGAGGACUUGAAAUACAUCUGCACUCACCCGACAGAGUCCCUGAAGGACCUGGUGACGUCCACGUAUCCGACGCUGCUCAGCUGGGUCAAAGAGCAGACGCCCGGCUCCAGGGUGGGCUCCCUCAACAUCAUCGCUGGGGACUUCAUCACAGAGAGCCACUUUGUACCAACUGUUGUUAUGCUGAAUGAGAAACUACUGAAAUGGUCCUCAUGACUUUUCACCAGAAUGCAUUAUUUUACAAAAAAGAAAAUGUGAAUCACAGCAUGAAAAACCCACACACAAGCUUGUUUUGUUAAACGUGAAGGGGGAAAAAGUACUUGAAUAGUUUAUUUAAACAUAAAUGCACCUAUUGGAGGCAGUGAAAUGUACAUUUCAUUUUUUAAAUUGCUUGAAAACAGACGUUUGGUAUUUUGACCUGCAUUUGUUUGUUUACAUUCAGUUCACUCUUUAUGCAAUGCAUUGUUUUCAGCAAGGUGACCAGUGGUGCCCAAAGCAAUAAUGAUACUACUAAUCUCACCUUAUCACCGCAGGCAUUUUAAAAGAGUAAGCACAAUAUAUUCAAAGAGCACAUAAGUCUGUAAUGUAGAAACUUUUCUAAAUGUGAGCAGAAGUUUGAGAAGCAACCUAACUUUACCACCAACUGCACACGUACUGUAUGUGUCCAUAGAGAAUGUAGAGGAGACAGGAAACUGCAUGGAAAUCUUAUUUGCAUGAACCAAACCUGGUUUGUUCUACUUACUACUGACUUUAGGUAACAAGUUAGGCUUGAUUUAAAGUAAUACUGCACCACUGUGCCUGUGGAAAUGAGCUUUUUGAAUAAACCUGAGCAUUUUUAAGCUGAUUAUCUCACUUUAUUUACUCACUAUUCAGACAGGGGACAUGGACUACUAAAUAUACAAGUAACUGCGAUGAUGAAAAAUGGAAUACAAACUUAAGUUGAAUUCAAAACCUUAUUAUCUUUGUGCCAAAAACUGUAAUUUGACUGAGCAUUUGCAGGACUUGUGUCAGGAUGAGGUGAUGAUCAUGUUUAGAGAUGAAAAUUUGAUUGUAAAAAGGAAAUUGCAUGUACUGUUGCAACAAUCUUUUUAAAUGGUGUUAACCUACGUUUCAAUGUAUAGAGAUGUCAACAGUUUUUUCUCCCCAGAUCACCAACAAAUGAUAUGAACUUUGUUUCCAGCUCUGUUGUUGUUAUGUAGGAUUGAUCUGUUAAUUGAUCAGUGUAUUGACCUGACUCCUGCUGACGACUGAUGGCAUAGUUAGAUUUAGACAGCCACACAAUAUUUUACCUCAACAUCUAAGUCCUUAACAGUCAUAAUGUGUUCAUGUAUUUUAUUCUAUAUAACAUGCUACUGAUCUUUAAAAUGUACAAUUUCUGUUUAAUCCACUUGACAAGGUCUGACCCACAGAAUCAGUAAACCAGAGUCUACAGUUAUCUCAGUAGCAUGGUCUGGCAUGUGUUUAAGGAUAAAUCCAAUUAUACUUGAAGAGUUAAAGAACUCAGAUAGAAUUAUGAAUGUCCAGAAUCUUUUUUUUUUAUUGAUACUGUAAUUAUUAAAUCAAAA